AUGUAUUUUGACCUCAACGUCCCUAUUCACUUCCCACAACCUGUGUCGACUGCCAACAAAAAGAACAAAGGGAAACAACCAUACGUUCCCGUUGAUGUUGUGUACUCCCCAGGACAGAUAGCUGCCAUCGAGACACGUGUCGAUGUGCUCGUUCAUUUAGGAUACACCGUAAUAGCGUUCAACCAAACGGUGGCUUCAUCUGUUCAUCCUCAAACACAUGCAAAUACUCUUGAACCUCUGCUAGCCAAACUCAAACCCCGUCAAGGGAUUGUUUUUCUCAAACGACUCACGAUUGUCCUUGACCAAGAGAGCGAGAAAUCAAUGGGACUCACGCUUGUCAAUGCACAUAUUUUCAAGCCAUACGACUUGAUUGCACUCAUGCCGACCUCACAAAACACUUUUUCCCUCGCUUGUUUGACGCAUACCGUCGCGUCCCCAGUUACUGCGCAUAUAAUCGCAGUACCGUUGACUCUCCGUAUGGAUUUUCGCAUGAGGCAUACGCUGGUUCGUGGGGCAUUGAAAAAUGGUGUGGUUUUCGAGAUCAGCUAUGUGGGGGCGUUGGGUGGUGAACACGAUGCGAUUAUGGUGGAAGCCGGGGCCGCCGACAAGGGAGUGCCAGCAAAGCGAAACUGGUGGACGAACGGGAAAGAGAUUAUACGCAUAACGAAGGGGAAGGGCAUCCUUGUUAGCGGGGGAGUCGUCGCGGAGGCUGAUUUGCGGGCGCCAAAAGAUGCGGCUAACCUAAUAACGCUUCUCGGCGUUGCUCAAGACGUUGCACAGGCUGCUUCGACGAAGGUGCCCAAAGCUCUGGUUCUACGUGCACAAACACGCCAAACAUAUCGCGCCGUUCUCUCUGAUCCUAUUCUCGUUGUACCAUCACAAGAAAUCGAUGUGGAUCCACCAUCCCUACCUCCGCGGGACGCUGCAGAGAAUAAAAAACGAACCCGAGAUUCUGACGACGUUGGAGAUGGCUCGCUACCCAUACCUGGAAAAAAUGACAUAGAUGGCUCGUUGCAGAAGAAAAAGAAACGGAAAAAAGACAAGAAAGCUUCAUCGCUUGCUGUUACAUAA